AUGAGCCCUCAUCCCCCUCCCUCCUCACCACUGCCAGAGACACCUUCUCUGAGGCUGAAAUCUCUGCCACCAGCUAGAGGGGCUGCUGAUCUCUGGGACCCUACAUUGCCUUUCCUCACUGGCAGAAACAAGUUCCAUUUGCUACUGCCAGGAGGAGCAAACAUGGCUGAGAAUAACUACAGCUGGUGGAAGCUGACCUUCCUGCGGAAAAAGAAAUCUGCCCCCAAAGUUCUGUAUGAGAGCCCAGACAUCUAUGCCAACGAGAACCAGCAGGAGGGCACACGGGCAGAGGCAGGUGGUGGCAGCGAAACCAACUGUGAAUUCAAUGCCCGGCUGGAGAAGAUUGUGGAUAAGAACACAAAGGGCAAACAUGUCAAGGUGUCCCACUCAGGGCGCUUCAAAGAGAAGAAGAAGGUGCGAUCCACACUGGCAGAAAACCCCAACCUCUAUACUGAUGGUGACCGAGAGGAGAAGUGAGGCAAGGGAAGACAGCAUGGGGGAAAAUCAAUGCUGUAAGGCAAGGACCUUUCUAAAUCUUAGUCAGCCUAGAUGUCAGUUUUGUUCCAUCUGCAAAUGAAGUAAUGAGGGGCAUGUGCCCACACUAUCAAUUUCAGACUUUGGUCCUGAAGUGCACUUGAGGAGGAGAAGACUUUAAUUUUUUUUUUAUUUAAAACAAACUAAUCAUAUUUAAAAUAAAUCCCACUGGGUGAUUGUCACAACCUGGAGUCACCAGGGUCUCUCUCUGAAACCUGGCAGGUGCAGCUAAGGCUGACAAAACCCAGCAGAUCAGAGGCCUCUUGGAAACAUCCCCAUCCCAACAUCAGCCUGCCCAGAGAAGUCAGUUAAUGCAUAGG